AUGAUACUGGAUACUGACUUAGAAAAGCUGGAGCUGCUCUCUCCCGAUGCAAGUGAUCUGCAAAGCCGACAUUCUACCCCGUUUCUUAGAAAAUUCAGUAUACCUCGGGCUCGUGAGUGGCUCUCGCGGCAUUGCAUACCAAAGAAGAAAUGUGAUUCGUGUCAGCACGAAAAGGAGCGUCACAAGGAAACACAGGAGCUUAUCCAGCUGGAGUGUGAGAAGCUGAAGCAGUAUCUGUGCCAGAGGGGGUCUCAGCUACGAAAGGGGUAUGAACUGCAGAUGGAGAACGUGCAGUACAAGUGGCAUCGGCAGCAGGCAGAAAUUGAACGGCUGAGAGCAUAUAUCACCCGUGAAUGUCAACAACAGAAAGAGUAUCAGCUGCAGAACUACAAUAGUCUCCCCAACCGAGUGGUAGACAUUCAGAAUCAAAAACACGAGCAUCCAGCUCUCAGCCAAGCUUCACUUCACCCUUCUAAUACUCAAGAAGCCACGGUGAAGAAAAUGUUUGAAUAUAUGUGCUAUAUCGAAACGCACGACAACAAAAAAAUAAAGGAAUAUUGCUGUCGAGGGUGCCAGGACCAGCACUCUUCAACUGCAAGCUUCUCGCAGCGGGAGCUUGAUAAGGCCCCAUCGGAACGCUUCAGGGAUGUUAAGAACUUAGUUCUUGCGGCAAGAAAUAAAGGGAAUAUCGAGACAUUUCCUGAAACAAUACUCGAAUAUUGUCUUCGCAUAUUUCCUACAAGCAAACAUAAGAAAGUCACCCGUUAUGACUUCGCCUAUAUGUUCUUCAACAUUGACUACCCCCUGUGCCCGCACACGCAACUUUAUGACGCCCUUGCAAAAAUGAUAUUCACGACAUCUGGUCCUACUUAUAGUAACGAGAUUGUUUAUGGAUGGGCUGAUAAAUCCGACCAAUGCAGAGCUUGCAAAACGCAUAUAUCGCUCGAAAUACUACCGUCAGAUACCCCCGGUAAUGAUAACCAAGAAUGGUGUGCACUCAAAGUGAGGAGGACUAUAGGAAGGCUCUACUCGCCUUUAGAAGAAGACUGGCUUGCACAGGCCUACGCCUAUGACUACUCCCCUAUCGAUGAGCACAACAAACUAAGUGAUGACUGGUUCCGGGCUUAUUGGCGGACUCUAUCUACAGGUAGCCCUAGCUUAAGAAGGCCUGGGUUCGACUUGAAAACGUGCCGGGACCCCGCCCAUAGAUGCCCUAACCGCUAUGCAUGGGACCCUAUUCGGCCAUCUCGCACGGCUUCUGAUGAACAAUACUGCGUGCGUAGAUGGGUUCGUUCACAGUCUAAAAACUCCAAGGCAAGGGUAAUAAAGAUAAAGACUUGCGAUGGGAUCGUCGCGGUGGAAGAAGGGCAGUAG